CGGGGCCACCAAGAUAGUCCCACGGGCUGGCCUUUGGUUCCCAGUCCUCUCCGAGCGGGGUCUCCUGCGGGUGGGUGGCUACGGGGACGAACACGAAGGCCCCAGGACCCGUUGGUGCGCGGACCUGGAGCUUUACGGCUUGCCCCGCCCAGGUCUCGCGAGAGCGUAGGCGUACGUCUCGCGAUACGCGGGCGUAAAAGAGGGAGAUCUGAGCAGCGGCGACGGCGGCACGGAGGCUGAGGCGGCUAGAGGGAAGUGGCCAUGGAAGACCUGGGGGAGAACACCACCGUCCUAUCCACCCUGAGGUCUUUGAACAAUUUCAUUUCUCAGCGAGUGGAGGGAGGAUCUGGACUGGAUGUUUCCACCUCUGCCCCAGGUUCUCUGCAGAUGCAGUACCAACAGAGCAUGCAGCUGGAGGAGCGAGCGGAGCAGAUCCGCUCCAGGUCCCACCUCAUCCAGGUGGAGCGGGAGAAGACGCAGAUGGAGCUGAGUCACAAGAGGGCCCGCGUGGAGCUGGAGCGGGCAGCCAGCGCCAGCGCCAGGAGCUACGAGCGUGAGGUGGACCGCAACCAGGAGCUCCUGACGCGCGUGCGGCAGCUUCAGGAGCGGGAGGCCGAGGCGGAGGAGAAGGUGAAGGCGCAGCUGGAGCGCUACAGGUCGUGCCAGCAGAGCCUGGACGCCGCCAGCAAGGAGCUGCGGGAGAAGGAGGGCGGCCUGGCCGAGGCUGGUGAGACCAUCAGCGUGCUGAAGGGGAGGCUGUCGGACCUGCAGUGGAGCGUGAUGAACCAGGAGAUGCAGGUGAAGCGCCUGGAGUCUGAGAAGCAGGAGCUGAAGGAGCAGCUGGAGCUGCAGCACAGGAAAUGGCAGGACGCUAACCAGCAGGUUCAGGAGCUCCAGGCCAGCCAGGACGCGCAGGUGGACCACGCGCAGAGGGUUAAGGAUUUGGAGCAGAAGCUGGCCCUGCAGGAGCAGGACGCUGCAGUUGUGAAGAACAUGAGGUCUGAGCUGGUGCGGCUGCCCACGAUGGAGAGGGAGCUGCGGCAGCUGCGGGAGGAGAACGCCUGCCUGCGGGAGAUGCGGGACACCAACGGGCUGCUCCGGGAGGAGCUGGAGGGGCUGCAGCGGAGGCUGGGGCGGCAGGAGAAGAUGCAGGAAACCCUGGUCGACCUGGAGCUGGAGAAGGAGAGGCUGCUAACGAAGCUGCAGAGCUGGGAGAGGCUGGACCAGACCACGGGCUUGAGCAUCAGGACCCCAGAGGACCUGUCCAGGUUCAUCGUGGAGCUGCAGCAGCGCGAGCUCGCCCUCCAGGACAGGAGCAGCUCCAUCACCAGCAGUGCCCGGGGGCUGGAGAAGGCCCGGCUGCAGCUCCAGGAGGAGGUCCGCCAGCUCAGCAGCCAGCUGCUGGAGGAGAGGAAGAAGCGGGAGAUGCAUGAGGCCCUGGCCCGGCGGCUGCAGAAGCGGGUCCUGCUGCUGACGAAGGAGCGGGACGGCAUGCGCGCCAUCCUGGGGUCCUACGACAGCGAGCUGACGCCGGCCGAGUACUCGCCCCAGCUGACCCGCCGCAUGCGCGAGGCCGAGGACAUGGUGCAGAAGGUGCACGCGCACAGCUCGGAGAUGGAGGCUCAGCUGUCACAGGCCCUGGAGGAGCUGGGAGGCCAGAAACAAAGAGCCGACAUGCUGGAGAUGGAGCUGAAGAUGCUGAAGUCCCAGGCGGGCCCGGCCGAGCAGAGCUUCCUGUUCUCCAGGGAGGAGGUGAGCUCGCUCAGGUUGAAGGUUGAGGAGCUGGAGGGGGAGCGGAGCCGUCUGGAGGAAGAGAAGAAGGUGCUGGAGACGCAGCUGGAGCGGCUCACCCUGCAGGGUGACUACGACCAGAGCAGAACCAAGGUGCUGCACCUGAGCCUGAACCCGGCCGGCGCGGCGAGGCAGCGGCUCCACGAGGAUCGACAGCAGCUGCGGGAGGAGUGCGAGCGGCUGCGAGAGCUGGUCCGCGCCCUGGAGGCCGGCGGCGCCGUCCCCACCGACCUGGAGGCCGCCGCGGGGCUGCCCUCGUCCAGGGAAGUGGCAGAGCUGAAGAAGCAGGUGGAGAGCGCGGAGCUGAAGAACCAGCGGCUGAAGGAGGUCUUCCAGACCAAGAUCCAGGAGUUCCGGAAGGUGUGCUACACGCUGACGGGCUACCAGGUGGACAUCACCACGGAGAACCAGUACCGGCUGACCUCCAUGUACGCCGAGCGCAAGACCGACUGCCUCAUCUUCAAGGCCGCGGGGCCCUCGGGCACCAAGAUGCAGCUGCUGGAGACGGAGUUCUCUCGGACGGCGACGGUGCAGGAGCUCAUCGGGCUGCACCUGCUGCAGCAGGCCAGCAUCCCCGCCUUCCUCAGCGCCCUCACCCUUGACCUCUUCAGCCGCCAGACCGUGGCCUAGCCUGUGGCCCCCAGCCCCGCGCCUUCUGAAGGCGGAAGCAGGCAGCCGGCGGGAGCCCGCUCAGGCCCGUCCCUUGGGGUCCCAGCCCCACCAGGCCAGCUACCCAAUCCCACACGGCCCGGCCUCCUGCCCAGACGGCCGUGAGCGUCAGGGCCUGAUGGGGACUCCUGCGUGCCCCCCAGCCACCCCGCCCAGGCGGCCUGCACCUGCACCUGUGCACAGGACCCCUGUGGGCAGGGUUAAGCGGCUCAGGGGUGCCCCUCCCCGACCCCUGGGCUCACGGCCGCUCUGCAGGGACAGGCCACCACCUCCUCACCCUCCGUCCUGGAGAGCAGGUAGGAGGCAGCGGUGGGGGACCUCGGGGGCAGCGCUCUGGGCCGGCUUCCUGUCCCCUCCCCCGGGCGCCCCGGCCGCGCCUGCUCAAGCCCGGCUGCGCCUGGACCUUGUGGGUGAACCUGGGCUGCCGGCGAAGUUCCCAGCGCUUAUGAAAUAAAGGCUCCCCUCAGCCCCCACCCGGCUCACUGUGUGCGCGUCGGAGCCCCUGGGCUGACCGGCCCCUCCACGCACACGGCUCGGCACCCCCGCCGUCCUGCCGUCCCCGCCCUGUGUGCCUGUUGCAGGCGCGCGGUGGGUACCUCCGUGGAGCCCGGCAGAGGUGGGUGGGAGCGGCCUCGGGGCGUAGCCUCACCUGCGGCGCUGCCCCACGGCAGGUCUCGAGGCCAUCGUCAGGGGAGGUGGGCGGGGAGGGCCGGCACUGGGUCCCUCUGCAGAGCCCAGAGCCCUGGGAGGUGUGGCCUGUGCGUCUGGGGCUGCCCCGACCCCGCCCUUCACACCCCACCCCCAUCACAGUCGCUCUGGAGCUCGGUCUGUGAACGGGUCCCGGACAGGGACAGACACGGCCCAGCCAGGCCCGGGGUCACAGCAAGGUCAGCACAGGCCCGGAACCCGGAGCCCCCGGCUGGUUCGACCGCCAAUACGGCCCUGGAGGAAAGUGCUGUUCCCGCUUCACAGAUGAGAAGACUGAGGCUCGGCGUGCGGACUGGCUUCCCAGGGCCACAGGCUGCUCGGAACUGGACUCUGGUCCGGCUGGGGGCGUCCUGCUCUCCCCACCCCCUCAGACGCUGCGGGCGCCUCCGCGCCAUCUCGCGGGGGAGGAGCGAGACUCCAUGUUUCUUUGUCGUCACCAGUCGGGGGGACGGCAGCGACGCUCGCGCGAAACUCUGCCGAGCCCUGCGGAGGGCGGUCCCGCGGGUCCUGCGCUUAGUGAAGACCCCCAGUUGGGGGUUCUCCGGCAGACGUCAGAGUGCACCUUCCUUCACCCCUCAGUCCACACUGGAGCGGCCCCCUUCCCGGUGCCGCGGACACACCGGCCCAGGGUGAAGUCGCGUCUCGGGCUCUGAGCCGCUCCGUGCGAGGCGGGUGGGGAGGGGCCUCGUCCGUCUCCCUCCCUCUGUCGGGACCCCCAAGCCCGCAGUGGCGCUUCCCUGCUGCUCUGCGGGAGGAAAGGUCCCACAGAUGCUGCUGGGCCCCAGGCUGGGAGCGGGGGACCAGGCCCUUGUCUCGACUCUGCCCCCGUCCCCGGCGCCGCGGAGGGCUGGGGCCGGGCUCCCGUAUGGCGGAGGCUGUGUCCCCGUCACCCCAGGCCUGGCCCCGGCCUGCCUCCCGUGUGAAAUUGCUGAAUUCAGAGGCCGCUGACAGUGACAAAAGGCUCAAGUCAAAACUUGACGCAAAAUCAUCAGCCCACACAAAUGCCCUGCGAGGCCCUUGUGGGCGUCCCGGCAUGCCGACGGCGCCUGCUAGAUGGCGGCUCCCCGACCCUCAGGGCAGGCGGGAGCGGCCAGCUGCUGCUGAGAUGGCCCGGCUGGUGGGGUCACACUGGCCAGAGGGCCAGGCCGGAAGCUGGUGAUCUCUACCCAGGGGUCACCACGGGGCCUACGAGGGGGUGCGCGGGCCGGGCAGGCACCCCCGCACGUGGUGGUCUCGGUUGCAGGGCCAGUACUGAAGUCCGGGAGCCCCGGUGGGAGAGGCACGUGCUGGAGGGUUGGGGGCUGACGGGUUGCGCACGUGCCACGGCCCUGACUCCCGCUGGCGACGCGUGGCCCCAAGGCCAGGUCAGCCCUCCCCGCUGCCCCUCUCGUGCCGUGGGUCCCUCAGGGCCACCUGUCCCCGGCCUCGUGUCACCUCCUGAGACUUAGUCCCUGCCCGGGUCCUGCAGCAGAGGAGCUGGGCCCCCGCCCCACACCCGGCCCCCCGUCUGUGGGAGGACGGUGGGCGCCCGGCAGCCGAGCCUCCCCGGGCCCAGCCUCCCGUGAGCACCCGGGCCUGGUCUCGCCCCUGCCCCGGGCUCUUCACCCUUCUCCUUCCUUGGCAAGGGGGUCCCUGAGGCGGCUUCCAGGUGAAAAGCCCACCCCCGGCCCGGACCGCCCACACAGCCCCAGGCUGACAGCGCUUGCGCUGAGUUGGGAUUUCCUUCCCUGAAGAGGCGCAGGAGGGGCCGUCCCCACCCCCCAGGGACGCGUCUAGGUGGGACGGGGCGCGGAGGCCCCCUAACGUUCUCCCAGCUCCGCUCGGUCACCUGCUGCUGAGUUUGCCAGCCCCUCGCCCCGCCGCUGCCGGGGGCUCUGGGUGCACUCGGGUGGGGAGCCAGGCCCCAGAAGGUUCCGGCUCUGGCAGAGACCCCACCGCCGCCAGCUCGUCAGUGGGCACCAGCGCUACGUGGUUGUUAAGCCGCUAAUGACUAAUUUUAAGGGAUUAGUGCUGCGGCGAUAAACCGUUAAUUGCCAGGAUGGAGCGGGAUUUGGCGUGCGACAGGCUCCUUCCGGCGUCCCCAAGGCUUCCAGGGAGGACGGCGCCGCCUGUCGGGGCCCCCGUGGGACCCCCGCCUCCCGCAGGGCCCGGCCCGCCUCUGCAUCCAGAGGCGCCAGCUCAAGGAUGCGAGCUAUUCGUCGUCUCUUGCUCCUCCCUGUGCGCCUGGUUCGUGUUCUGGAAAUCAGUAAACCUCCGGGCUUUCUUUAGCUCCUCAUGACUCAGGUGUGGACCACGACCCGCGGUGUCACCCAGGAGCUGCCUAGAAAUGCUGGGACGCGCUGGAUCAGAAUGUGCACUUGAUGUGAGCCCACGCGGUUCACAAGCCCCGUUCCAGUUUGCGAGGCUCCCCCACCCACCCGCCCCCCGAUUGAAACAUCCCAGCUUACAAAGCUCCUUCCCAUCCCGUGAUGAUCCCGCAAGCUGCGUCUUGUCCGAGAGGAGGCCAGGGUUCGGAAAGGGCAGGACCUGCCUCAGGCCUCAGGCAAGUCCGUCAGGCCCGGACCUCCUGGCUGGGGUCAGCAGCCCUCACGACCCAGCUUCUGGGUCAGACCUGCCUAUUUUCCUCGUGGUUCAGUAUCGCCAGGAUGCCAGGACCAAGGAAGGGGCCGGGCCUCUGUCCCCAGGCAGCCUCGGAGGGGCGACUUAGAGGUCCAGGGCGUGGAGUCUAGGGCAGGACAGGAAAGGGUGUGUGCUGUGUGUGCGUGCAUGGCUGUGUCACAUGUGUACAUGCGUGUGCGCACGGUGAGGACCGGUGGCUUUACCAAACUGCUUAAAUUCCUGCUUCGGCCAAGAGAGGGGCAGGGCCUUGCCCAGUCAUACAGCACAGGGGACCAACGACGGCGUGCAUUCUGGCCUGCCCUGCUGCCUGUCUCCUCGUGGUUUCCAUUUUCUUCUCAUUCUUCUCUGUUUCUUCAACUGCACGAUCUUGAUGCACUUUCAGUGUAAAAGGAAAAACCCUCAGCAGCAGAAAUGUCAAGGGAAGGCAAAGCCCCCUUGGCCCUGCCCCAGCUCGUCCUCUGUGAUGGCCGUGUGCACCUGACACACGGGCAGACAGCGCAAGGUUUGGCCUCACUGGGCUCCUGUGUGGUUUGAAAAUAACUGGCUUGUUCCGCAGCUUGGUGUUUUUCCUCACUUAACAGUUGUCUUGGAAAUUUUCCAUAAAAGCAUCUACUGAUGUA